AUGUACCCCAAGGAGAAGCCACGAUACUCCCGCACUGUUUCCCGCAUUGCCGCUGGCGACUAUGAUGCAUAUCAGGAGCGAUUGUCGGCCGAGACCCUGGAAUGCUUACUGUCGGAUCCUGCUCAGCAGAGCUUUUCUCAUGACCGAAUCAUGGAAAUAAAUGCUUGGCAGAGUGUUAUGGGGAGAGAGAGGCGUUAUUUCGAAUUUCGACACAAAAAUGUCAGGCAUUUUGACUGUGACAAUCCUGAAGAUAGUGGCACUGAGUAUGUGCUUUUCCCCACCAAAAUUACGAAGUCUGGAGAGAAGGAUUUAACAGUGAUUAGCAUCAACACUCCUCCAUAUGGCAUUCCAUAUGACUCGGAACAACCGUUUGGUUCGCCAGAACGCCCCGAUGAACAGAUACCCUCAGCUCCUACUACGCCUGUUCAGGUUCGCAGAUAUUCCCACCCUGUCCACAAAGCCGAGUCCAGUAUAUCGGGAGGUCCACAAUUAAACCUGAGUCCUCCCAAGGGGGUCAGUCCCGAGGCCGCUUCCAUUGCUGAGCAGCCCCCUGCGGUCGAAACAUUCCCGCAGAUACCUUCUGUCGAUGCCGCGAUUCCCAAGAAGAAAAAGAAGAAAGCCAAGCGUAAGAAGAGACACACAGGACCGAAAGCCAAAGCUCGAGUUACCGCCACUGCUGCCGCUGCCGCUGCCGCCGAAGAAUCUGCAGAGCACGGCGUGUCGUCCGAAAAAGAGGAUGACAAUGAGGAUACUAUUGUUCAAGAUGAACAUAUCUCGGCUCCAUCCGAUACUGCCAAAGCGGCUUUUCCAGAGAAACAGACUAAUUUUACACAAAGUUCAUUCUCUGCACCCGAUGAAAAAUUACUGACAUCUCGGCAACCAUCGGAGUUUGAUUCCUUGGCUGUUGCUAAGCAUGACCUAGCUCAGCAUGCUAUAGUCACCAAAUUGACCAUAGAUGGUGGGGGCGCUGGGAACCGGACGUCGCAGGGUAUGAAUCAAUUUGAUACUGCAGCGGUUGUGGAGAUUCCUGGAGAAUCCUUGGAGCUACAGGAAGCUUGUUUUGCUGAUGAUGAGCAAACCCCCGAGGUUGUCCAUCCUCCUAUGUGGGAUGUAUAUCAACCACUUGCUGGAGAACGACCUACAGCGAGCGAAGGAGUAUAUUUUACGCAGUGGGAUUCUUCAUACCCCAACAUUGCUGCGGUUGUUGGUUUUGCCCACUGCCUCAGCGAAGUUGUUGUUGUGCUCACGCACCGGUGGACUGUUAUUACCAUAUACUGGCGCCAGAAGAGAACCCAAACUACCCCGGGCGUGAAUACCAACAUGAUUGUUCUGGUGUUUGGCGAGGUCCAUUCACUUACCAAAAGUGCCGCACCCCGACUUUAUUCACUCCAUUUGCGACACAACCGGAAGGACCGAUCCGAUCAUCACCUCACCACCCUUCCCUCUCUUCAAUCUUCUCCCCUCACCAUCCCUCCCCUCCAUCUUCUUCUCAUAAGCCUUCGCUUUUAA